AUGGCCAUUGACAUCAAGGAUCAAGUUGUGCAGGAGAUCAAGUCUUCAGCAUUUGGCUUAUUUUCAAUUCAACUUGAUGAAUCGACUGAUGUGGCAUCGUGUUCCCAGUUGAUGGUGUUAGCAAGGUAUGUUCACUCAGGUUCAUUUAAAGAGGAGUUUCUCUUUUGUUCUCCUCUUGAAACAACUACCAAGGCCUCGUAUAUUUUGGAAAAGGUUUCAUCUUUCUUUGAAUCAGAAAAUCUUUUGUGGGAUAAUAUCUGUGGGUGCUGUACAGAUGGAGCACCAGCUAUGUUGGGGACAAAAUCAGGAUUUCAAGUUUGUGUGAAAAAGCGAGCUCCAAAAGUGAAAGGCAUUCAUUAUAUGAUCCAUCGUCAGGCACUGGCCUCAAAAACACUUCCAGCUCCGCUAGGGAAGGUUUUGGAUCAAACAAUUCAAAUUGUGAAUUUUGUCAAAGGAGGAGCUCUCAACUCACGACUUUUCAAGCAGUUAUGUACCGACAUGGAUGCAGCCCAUUAUUUGCUUCUUUUCCACACAAAUGUUCGAUGGCUGUCAAGAGGAAAUGUAACUGAGCGAAUAUUUGAGCUUAGAGAUGAGCUCAAAUUAUUUUUUGAAGUUCAGGGUAAGAUGGAAUUUUUUGCCUGGCUGGAUGAUGAGGAAUGGCUCAUGCGCCUUGCCUAUUUGGUUGAUAUUUUUGAGCAGCUGGAUAAACUGAAUCUUCAGAUGCAAGGAAGGAAUACAAACAUCAUAAAAUUCAUGGAUGCCUUGAAAGCUUUCAUGAGCAAGCUGAAAAAUUGGAAGAGAAAGGUUAAUAUAAAAAAUGUUGCAAUGUUUGAGAAAAUGUCAUCCGUUCUUGUUGGUGGUGGUGAAGACAAGGUGCUUCCACAAUUUGCAAAAAAUGAAAUUUUACAGCAUUUGAUACACUGGAAAAUGAAUUCAGCCGAUAUUUUCCUGAACUCAGUGAUUGUCAAGAUGAAUUUCUGGAGCUGA